AUGAGGAUGAAUCUACUUCCAUCGUGGACACUAAAAGAGGCUCAAGUGAAAAGGAAUAAUGGGAUCAUGGCUCAUGCUCCGACACUGACAGAGGACACUGCAUCUGUAAAUGAACCAAGCUCAUCUAAAAACGCUCCUGACUUCAAUCAGCUUCGUAACACACUGUACCUCAUCGGGGGCGGCCCUCAGGAUCGGUCACAAAACUGGUGGAAGAAGGCUCCCCCUACAACAACAACCUUGUAA